UUCUCUGGAACAUGUACUUGUCGAUCCGGAGGAGGGACAAGGUGUCGAUGAUCCGGAACCUGAUGAAGUCGAGGCGAGUGAGAAAAGUUCCGGGGAUCAGCAACAUCGAAGUUGGCAGCGAAGUUCACAGUUUCGUGGUGGGGGAUCUUUCGCAUCCUCACAGCGAAGAUAUUGUCGCGGAUCUCCAGAGGCUGGCGAGAGAAAUGCGGCACGCUGGCUACGUUCCCAACACGAAGGAGAUCUUUCAUGACGUUGGCGAGGAGCAAAAGGAGGAGCUGUUGCAAAAAGAUGGCUGUGGCUUUUGGAUUGAUCUCGUCGCUGAGGAACUUGCGGGUGUGUGGGGAUUGCCACUCGGCUAUCAAGUCUGUAUCCAAGGUGGUGGUAUCUAUAACCGUGAGAGAUGCUAACCGGUUCCAUCACAUGCAGA